GUAAAUAAACACAAAACACAUUGUUCUUGCCACAGUGCAUUCAAUCGGCAUUGCAACCGAACGUACAUCAAAUGUCAGUAAAUAUGGCGGGAAAGAUUGCCGUUGUCACUGGUGCAAAUAAAGGGUUAGGUUUCGCCGUCGUUAAAGGAUUAUGCAAAAGGUUUAACGGAACGGUCUAUUUAACCUCAAGGGACGAAACAAGGGGAUUACAAGCGGUGAAAAAAUUAAACGAUUUAGGAUUGACACCGUCGUUCCAUCAACUUGAUGUAAGUAGCAGAGAAAGUGUUAAAUCGUUUUCGGAAUUUAUCAAAACAAAACACGGUGCAAUCGAUGUUCUGGUUAACAAUGCAGCAAUCCUUGAAUGGGAACAGGUUUACCCAGAUUAUGAAGCUGCCAAACGUAACAUUGACAUAAAUUAUCGCAGCCUAUUGACAAUUGAACAAUUCUUAUUUCCUCUGCUAAGAGAUGGCGCUAGAGUCGUAAACGUCUCAAGUGCUUGCGGGCACUUGUCAAAUUUGAAAAACAAAAAGUGGUUAAACAUACUGCAGCGACAAGAUUUGACUACAGAGCAAAUAAACAAUUUUGUUGAUGAGUAUUUGGAGAGUAUUAAAAACGGAACGUUUAAUAAAGACGAUUUUGCGGAUGAGGGAAAACAUGCUGAACACCGUGUUUCGAAAAUAGCCCUCACUGCUCUGACUAUGGUACAACAGAGGAAAUAUAAAAACAUUUCGAUAAACGCAGUUCAUCCGGGUCACGUUAAGACGGAUAUGGCGCAAGGCGGCGGUGAACUUGAACCAGAUGAGGCAGCGGAAACUAUUUUAUAUUUAAUUUUAGACGCAUCGCCAAACUUAAAAGGAAGCUUUUUGUGGUACAAUAAGAAAUUAGUUGACUGGUUCGACAUUGACAGUGAUUAUUAUUACAAGCAUAAAUGUUUGGUCUGAAAAUGUGUAAAUUGGUACAUUUUGUUAUGUAUUGAAAAUAAAAAUACAAUUCUCAUCCUAUAAUAUUCGCUCACAGAGUAUUUUAAUUUUGUAUUUAAAUCCUGAAUAAAAUAGUAUACACUAAACACAUUUCAUACAUAUUUGUAGAAUCUCGUUAAAAUCCAUUUCAAC